AUGAUCGCCGUCUGUUUGUUCUCCGUCAUCGAACUCAAAAGUUUCCGUAGCGUCUGCCGUUCUUGGCGCUCCUCCGCUUUCGACAAUCCUUUCCGGAGCCGACCUCUCAUCGAGCUCAAACUCCUCGACCCAACUGAAAAUGCCUCCCAACAAGGAAACGCGUUCCUCUCAGGUGCCGCCUUCUUCCGCGUCACUCCCUCCUCCUCGCCGAACCAAGGGUGGCUGAUCAAAUCCGACACCGAUCUCAACUCGGGGAAAUUUCGUCUUCUCGACCAUUUCUCGCGCAUCCCUUUGAAACACAGGUGCAAGAGCAUCAAUCUCUUGCGUUUCAAUGUCUCCGAGAUUCAAGAAGCCUACGUGGUUCACGACAGGCGCAUGGACGAACCAGAUCCCGGAUUCAAAAGAGUGGUUCUUGCCACCGUCCAAGGAGGAGAUCAUGCUUUGGGAGUCGGCUGGGACGGGAGGAUCAGGUUUUGGAGUGGUCGAAUCUGGACCAUACUCAAAGACCAGCUUGCUGAGUUCACCGACGUUUACGGACCACCAUUAGAUGAAAGCAUCACUGGUAGCGAUUGCAGAAACUUAAGCUUCGUGCAACAUGGUGGAGAGCUUUACAUUGUUGAUCGUAUCCUUAAAGAGGGUGAUACCUUGGAUCCUAAUGUUUUUUAUGUUUGCGCUGUCGACGAUGAUGGGAACCAGAUAGGCGAAACAUCUCCCAAAACGAUCGGUUUCAAGGUUUACAAGAUGGAUGAGGAUAUGGGGAAAUGGGUUGAAGUUAAGUCAUUGGGAGACGACGCCUUUGUGAUGGCUACCGAUACUUGUUUCUCGGUUUCGGCCGGUGAGUUCCAUGGAUGUUUAAAAAAUGCAAUCUACUUCGCUGACAAGGAAUGUAAGAUCAGGGUGUUCAAGCUUGAAGAUGCUAGUAUCACAAGAGCCACCAGUACCGAGCAGAACUGUUUCAAAAUGUUUGCUCCAAGCUUUUUCUGA